AUGGAUGGACAUACGGUUAAGAUUGAUAGGAGGUUUUUUUGGACAGAUGCUCGUGACGUAAUGUGCUGGCUAAAGUCAGAUCACCGAAAAUAUUCCCAGUUCGUUGCCUUCCGCGUUGGGGAGAUUCUAGAAAUCACAGAUGUCGAAGAAUGGAAAUGGAUUCGUGGGAAACUAAAUGUUGCCGAUGAAGGCACGAAAUGGGAUGGGCUACCAAGCUUUGAUAUUAACUGCCGAUGGUUUGCGGGACCUCCUUUCUUAUCGAAACCGAGAUCGGAAUGGCCAGAGGCAUCGAUCAAAGAAGAAACAAACGAAGAGCUCAGGCCAAGCGUGCUGCAUCAUCACGUCCAGGUGCCCGGAGGAAUCUUGUGUCCACAGAACUACUCCGAUUGGGGCCGUUUACAACGACUUACCGCUCUGACGCAACGUUUCCCUGCCAAUAUCAAACGAAAACGGAAAGGUGAGUUCUUGCCGCGAGGACCGCUAACAAGCCAAGAACUGCUUGCAGCGAGUAAUUUUCUAUAUAAGCGCGCUCAAUGGGAAUGCUACCAAGAGGAAAUGUCUUUGCUUUCUGCGGGUAAGCUAAAUUUUCCGAAAACCAGCUACUUACGAAAACUUAGCCCGUUUCUCGACGACGCUGGAGUAAUGCGUAUACAAGGCCGCAUUGAUAUUUGUGAUUUUGCUGACGAGAAAACACAAUUUCCGAUUGUGCUACCGAGACGUCAUCCUCUUACAAAACUAGUGCUUCAAGAUCUCCAUGAGAGGUAUCAUCAUCAAUGCAAUGAAACACUCGUAAAUGAGGCUCGGAGGAAAUUCGAAAUUCCAAGAGUGCGUGUGGAAUGCGAUAGAGUUCGUAGAGAGUGUAUCCGUUGUAAAAUCCGUCGUGCUGAACCUGACCCUCCCAAAAUGGCAAACCUACCGAAAGAGCGGUUAGCGGCCUUUGUUAGGCCGUUUUCUUACAUAGGGGUAGAUUAUUUCGGCCCGUACCAAGUCGUCAUUGGGCGACGUACUGAGAAGCGUUACGGUGUACUGGUUACUUGCUUAACGACACGGGGAAUUUACAUCGAGAUAGCCCAUACCCUCUCCACAGAUUCGUGCAUAAUGGCUCUCCGUAACUGUUUUUCUAGACGAGGAACACCACUGAAAAUAAUAAGCGAUCGAGGUACCAAUUUGGUGGGAGCGUCGAAGGAGCUCAAAACAGCUUUGGAUCAAGUCGACAGCGACAAAGUUGUUCGUGAGUUCACUACGACGUCUACUUCAUGGAUCUUCAACCCCCCGGCAUCCCCGCAUAUGGGAGGCAUGUGGGAGAGGAUGAUACAGACGGUUAAAAAGAUCCUAGAAGAAAUUAAACCGAAACGCUUGCUAUCCGACGAAGUCCUUAGGAACCUUAUGGCAGAAAUCGAAAACAUCGUGAAUAGCAGACCCUUGACGCAUGUUCCCGUUGACGGUGAAUCGUCUCCCGCUCUAACACCGAACCAUUUUUUGGUUGGAUCAUCGAACGGUUCUAAACCUUUGGUGCCGUACGACGAUAGCGGUUUGGCUUUGCAGCACUCGUGGAAAACAUCGCAAAUACUGGCAAACUAUUUUUGGAAGCGCUGGGUGCACGAGUAUACUCCCAUAAUUACACGCCGGGGAAAGUGGUUUAGCGCGGUAAAACCUAUUGCUGUUGGAGAUAUUGUCAUCGUCGUCGACCCCAACUUCCCGAGGAACUGCUGGCCGAAAGGAAGGAUUGUCGCAGUGAAGAUGUCGAAAGAUGGCCAAGUGCGCUCAGCAACGGUUCAAACCGCGGCUGGGAUUCACGAAAGACCUGCGGUGAAACUGGCGGUGCUUGACAUCGGGCCAAACAUAAGUAAGCCGGACCAGGGUCCAACUACUGAGGGGGACUGUUGCGAACGCCCCUCGUCAGUGAGCGCACAUUCAAGUCGACAUGCCGACCGCGACAGAUAACGCAGAUCAGUCAUCGGAUGCUGAAGUAAGAAGGAGAUCUACUCCAAAGUAUAAAACUGCCUUUUACUUGGAGAUCGCCGACCAGUGCGCACGUGCGAAAUUCAUCGCUACAUACCUACUUUGUCCAUAGUGGUUAAAUAUAUAAAUGUACCUAAUCUUAGUUGUUAAUAAUUAAUUCAAAAGAAAAUUAAUUCAAUCGACAUAUUGUAAUUCGGGUUAAGCGAGCACAAAAGCCACAAAACGUGAGUGAUAUAAAAACUUAUAUAUUAGAUCACAUACUUCAUCCUGUUCAUUUACAGGAAACUUUAACUCGACAAUAAUAAAUCAGUUAUAAAUUUUCGGAACUCGCUUUCUAUUCGUUGCAAACGCAACAGCAUCUUUUGCCUAUAAAAGCGUUUAU